CGCCUUCUGCUCCCACAGGGCCUGGCGAUGCCCGACCCCGCGGCGCACCUGCCCUUCUUCUAUGGCAGCAUCUCGCGCGCCGAGGCUGAGGAGCACCUAAAGCUGGCAGGCAUGGCCGACGGGCUGUUCCUGUUGCGCCAGUGCCUGCGCUCCCUGGGCGGCUACGUGCUGUCGCUGGUGCACGACGUGCGCUUCCACCACUUCCCCAUCGAGCGCCAACUCAAUGGCACGUAUGCCAUCGCGGGCGGGAAGGCGCACUGCGGCCCGGCCGAGCUCUGUCAGUUCUACUCGCAAGACCCCGACGGACUGCCCUGCAACCUGCGAAAGCCAUGCAACCGGCCGCCGGGCCUCGAGCCACAGGCCGGGGUCUUCGAUUGCCUGCGCGACGCGAUGGUCCGCGACUACGUGCGCCAGACCUGGAAGCUGGAGGGUGACGCACUAGAACAGGCCAUCAUCAGCCAGGCCCCACAGGUGGAAAAGCUCAUUGCGACCACAGCGCAUGAACGGAUGCCCUGGUACCACAGCAGCCUGACUCGCGAGGAGGCCGAGCGCAAACUCUAUUCCGGCCAGCAGACCGACGGCAAGUUCCUGCUGAGGCCCCGGAAGGAGCAGGGAACAUAUGCACUGUCUCUGGUCUAUGGGAAAACUGUGUACCACUACCUCAUCAGCCAGGACAAGGCCGGCAAGUACUGCAUUCCCGAAGGCACCAAGUUUGACACGCUCUGGCAGCUGGUGGAGUACUUGAAGCUGAAGGCGGAUGGACUCAUCUACCGCUUGAAGGAGGCCUGCCCCAACAGCAACAGCAGCACUGCAGCUGCUGCACCCACUCUUCCAGCCCACCCAUCCACAUUCACUCAGCCUCAGAGACGUGUCGACACCCUGAACUCAGAUGGAUACACCCCUGAACCAGCGCGCCUAGCAUCCCCAGACAAGCCGCGACCGAUGCCCAUGGACACGAGUGUGUACGAGAGUCCCUACAGCGACCCCGAGGAACUCAAAGACAAGAAGCUUUUCCUGAAGCGGGAGAACCUCCUCGUGGCUGAUAUCGAACUUGGCUGUGGCAACUUUGGCUCAGUGCGUCAGGGAGUCUACCGGAUGCGCAAGAAGCAGAUCGACGUGGCCAUCAAGGUGCUGAAACACAGCACGGAAAAGGCUGACAAGGACGAAAUGAUGCGGGAGGCCCAGAUCAUGCACCAGCUGGACAACCCCUACAUUGUGCGGCUGAUUGGCGUGUGCCAGGCUGAGGCUCUCAUGCUGGUCAUGGAGAUGGCGGGCGGUGGGCCGCUGCACAAGUUCCUGAUUGGAAAGAAGGAGGAGAUCCCUGUCAGCAACGUGGCUGAGCUGCUGCACCAGGUGGCCAUGGGUAUGAAGUACUUGGAGGAAAAGAACUUUGUGCACCGCGACCUGGCGGCCCGCAAUGUCCUGCUGGUCAACAGGCACUACGCCAAGAUAAGUGACUUUGGCCUGUCCAAAGCACUAGGUGCUGAUGACAGCUACUACACAGCCCGCUCUGCAGGGAAGUGGCCUCUGAAAUGGUAUGCACCGGAAUGCAUCAACUUCCGAAAGUUUUCCAGCCGUAGUGACGUCUGGAGCUAUGGGGUCACCAUGUGGGAGGCCUUCUCCUACGGCCAGAAGCCCUACAAAAAAAUGAAGGGCCCCGAGGUCCUGGACUUUAUCAAGCAGGGGAAAAGGAUGGAAUGCCCGCCAGAGUGCCCACCCGAAAUGUACACACUUAUGAGUGACUGCUGGAUAUACAAGUGGGAGGACCGCCCUGACUUCCAGACUGUGGAACAACGCAUGCGCAACUAUUACUACAGCCUGGCCAGCAGGGCCGAGGGAGCCCUACAGUGUGAACAGGGCGCUGAGGCUGCUUGUGGCUGAGCCCCAAGCCGCCCU